GCCACCGGACCACGCUACUCACAGAGCCUGGAGGUGGCUCGAGGCAACCCUCGGCUAUAAAUUAGCUGGGGGUAUCGCGCGGCCUUCUCAGAUCAACUCCACCCUCGACUCCGUCGACGCGGGUCUCUCGCCAUGGCUCCAUUGCACGUAUUGUUUUUAUCCACCCUACCCUUAUGCCUGGCCCAAUUCUCCAUCCAGGGCCCGAGUGACGGGAACCGUGCAGCUCAGAGUCUCAGGUACAGCGAGGAGAAGGGGAUUGAGUACAGCGAUCAAAGUGCCUCUUUGGGUACUGGUGACUUCUCUAUCCAAGGUGCCACUGAUGGCAACAGCAACUUUCAGAUCCAAGGUGCGUCGGAUGGAAAUUCCGACUUCCAGAUUCAGGGUGCCACAGACAGUAAUGCCGACUUCAAGAUCCAGGGUGCUUCGGACGGCAAUGCCAACUUUCAUAUCCAGGGAGCUUCGGACGGAAACGCCAAUUUUCAAAUACAAGGAGCCACAGACGGAAACGCCAACUUCCAAAUACAGGGACCCACAGACGGACAAGCCAACUAUCAGGUUCAGGAACCAUCGAGCGGUCAUGAGCAGUCCUCGAUCCAAUUAGGACAAUACGAUGCGAAUCAAGGAAACCAGCGGUCGCUGCAGUACAACGAUCCAAACGGCUUCAAGCUCAAUUGGAAGUCUUACGCGCAUGGUCAACUGUCGCCACAAAUUCAGCAACAGCGGCCCCAACCUGAGCCUGUACAGUACACUCAAAGCCAGGCGGAAGCUCAGUACGCGACGCAACCAGCGCCUCGUCCGGCACCCCAACCGGCACCUCAGCCCACUCAUCAGGGUGAAGAGCGAGUUUCGGUUCAACAACCGAUCAGCUAUAGACCCUACGACAACGCGCCGGCCCAAAUAAAGCAGCUGCUUCAAUUCCAGUCGCAAAUUCCCUACCUCAACGCCAUUCCGGAACACUUGAGGUACGACGCUAUCGCUCACGCUCAGUCUCAGACUUCAGCUCAGGAACAACCGCGGGAGGAUUCGCCGCCUCCUCGGUAUCGGCCGAAUCCACGCGGACAUCAAAGACCCAAACGUCAGGCCCAGAAGCAGCAGGGCCAGCAGCAGCAGCACAGAAGGAUACCUCAGCCAUCUCCCGAAGCCACGCCUCAGUACUCGGCCAAUGUUCCGUCUCAGAUACAGCAGUUACUAAACUUUCAGUCACAGAUUCCGUACCAGAACGCAAUUCCUGAACAGUUCAGGUACAAUCUGGACACUCCUCCAGCCCCCGUUCAACCCUUCAAAACCGAAGUUCCGCUUCAAAAUACUCCGCGAAUAGGCCACGCGCGAUCAAAACGCCAGACCCAUCAACAGCAGCAUCAGAAUCAACAACAACAACAGCCGCAGCAACAGUACAAAAGAAUUCCUCAGCCUGCUCCUGAGGCCCAGCCACACUACUCGACAAAUGUUCCUUCGCAGAUUCAACAACUUCUUAGAUUUCAGUCACAAAUUCCGUACAUGAACGCCAUUCCGGAACAGUUCAGGUACAACCUGGAGAGCGUUCCUGCCCAGAAUCCGCAGCAAGGUGGUCAUCAUCGAGGUAAACGCCAGGCUCAGCACCAACAAAAGCCGCAACAACAGUACAGAAGGAUACCUCAGCCAGCUCCAGAGUCGCAGCCUCAGUACUCGACGAAUGUUCCUCCCCAGAUAAAACAGCUGCUUCAAUUCCAAUCGCAAAUUCCAUACGUUAACGCUAUUCCGGAACAGUUUAGAUACAACUUGGAAAACGUUGAACACGCUCCUCAGAACGGAGCUCAGAGUCAUCAGCGGGGUAAACGCGAAGCUCAGCAACAUGUUCAGGGACAAAAUCAGCAGCAAUACAAACGAAUUCCACAGCCGGCUCCUGAAGCUUUGCCCCAGUACUCUGCAAACCUGCCCCCUGGUAUCCAACAAAUACUCAAAUUCCAGGCUGAGACUCCUUACAAUAUUAUAGCCAAUCAGAUAAUCUACCGCCCGGAUAAGCCCUACAUUCCUGAACCCGUCUCACGACCGGUCCCUAAUUACCAGGCCCAAAAUCAAGGGAACAUUAAACCCGUUACUGAACAUAAAUAAAUUUUUUCA